CCGCAACGUUUGCCUAUAAAUAGAGAGUAGAGACCGCCCUUGUCUUCCCCCGCAGGAAAUAUAGCGUGUUUUGUAGACCAAUCAUACGAUUCAGCAGCGCGCCUUCUCACUCCCAGGACAGAAUUUUUUUUGAGAAAUGGGCAAGAGAAAGGCCAAGGCAAAGCCUGCAGCUAGGAAGCGAACGGACAAGCUGGAUACAGUUUUCUGUUGCCCUUUCUGCAACCAUGGGAGCAGCGUUGAGUGUCGCAUUGACAUGAAAAACUUGAUUGGCGAGGCUAUCUGUUGCAUUUGCCAAGAGAAUUUCAGCACAACCGUCACAGCUUUGACUGAACCAAUAGACAUAUACAGCGAAUGGAUAGAUGAAUGUGAGAGGGUGAACACUGUCGAUGAUGACGGAGCUUAGGUGGAAAGUUCAGUCGUAUUGUAAAGGAAAGAGAGCGCUGGAAGGUUCUGUGCCCUUGUGUCCAAUUAAGUACUAACGAACCUUAUUCGUGCUGUUUAUUGAGUGAGCAUAUAUAAAUACAUGUACUGUAACAUAACCUUAACGUUAUGCGAUAAUGGAAUAAAUAAGAUAUCGCGUUGCUGUCCGUUUGCUUCAA